CAACUGACCAAGUAAAGUUGAGACUCACUCAAAACGCCCUGAAGGGGACACUACAGGCUCUCACAGCGAAAGCAGCUAUACAAGCUUUCUAAGCUAUUUGCCCACAGUCUUGCCAUUACCUUCACCCUUCACCCUCUCUCUGCUAACCUGAUACCCACCUAGCCAUGCCGUCCCACUCACCUUCAACGCCCUACUCCAUGCCCUCACCUACCACCCCUACCCAUCUUACUUCACCAGAGAAACCUAAGGAAACUAUCUUGCAAGCCAUGUUCAGAGAGCGAGACCUGCGCUUUCCCAACGCCAAUGAGGAGUAUGCCGCAAUGAAAGCCCAGGUGUUCGAGGAGUGCCAACGUAUCUGGGACGCUGAGCAGCAGCAGAAGUAUACGUCUAGGAAUAAGCGUGCUAAUGCCUCGAACGAAUUCCAGCCCCACCAGCGACAGCAGCAGCCUGAGAAGAAGCAAGUAACACCUCCCCGAGAGACUACACGAGUAUUUGCUAGGCGUGGCGGCAUCUCCCCCAAGUUGCGUAGACCCAGCUCGAUCGGCGAGAUGAGUCCUGGGUUUCACGGUAUAUCAUCCGCCCCCGGAUCGCCCGCGCAGAACAAGUUCGCCACGGGUAUUGCCCCACUGCAGAUGAUGGAGACUGGAAAGAGCUUCAGAGCCGAGGUAGCCAAUAUGCUGCCCAGUGGUAGUCCAACAUUCGGACGUACUCUGCCGCCCUCACCUUUGAGCGUCGAAUUCAAUUUCCCAGAUGGAAAUAAAGGCGUUGAGCUGUCUCAAAAGAGGAAGGCACGCCCAGACACGCGGCAGGAUAUGCUCACAGAUGACACCAGCCAGCAGAAGACUACAUCUGACGUUGAAAUUGCUCCGGCUGCCGUCACUCUAGACACAUACGUCGCGCCACAGUGGCUAGAAGAGUUCAGAGGUGUGAAGAGAACACGCCGAGGGGGGCGUCUUCAGAAUGAACUUGAUCACUCCCGGAAGACCUUGUCAAGCCUGAAAGAAUUCAUUGGCGUUUGUGAACGCUCAACUAACCCUGGGGAGCGUGAUCGAGUAUACGGGAUCCUGACUGAGCUAGUGCACAAAGCUGAGUUCAUUCCCAUCAACGAAGUCAUGCUUGUCCAGACCUUCAUCCUGGGGGACACUGGCCUUUGCAGAAUCUUCAAGGCUCCCAUGUGCCACUUUCCUUGGUAUCUACAAGCCGAUGCAUUCCAGUUGUGCCUGCGGUGGUCUUUGAGGAUCUUUGACACUGACCUUCUCCGCGGCAUCAAUCGACCGAAUGCGAGCGCUACAUCAUACAAAUUGAACAGAGACUGGAAGAAAGAGCAUCCAACCAAUGCUCGCGUCUUCGGGGAUAAUACCUUGGUGAAUGGACAGUGGUGGCCCAACCAGUUGUGUCUUGUUCGAGAUGGCGCGCAUGGAUCCGCGCAAGGAGGCAUCUAUGGUGCGAAGGAUAAGGGCGCCUACUCCAUCGUCGUAUCAGGCAAGUACAAGGACAACGAUCAGGGCUACGAGCUCUUCUACAUGGGGACGGAUGGCAAAGACGAAAUCGCCUCAGAGAACACCAACCGUCUAGUCGAGUCCGUCAGGUUCAAGAACCCAGUCCGCGUCAUACGUUCCUCCAAGUUGGGUCCGGAAAACCCUUACAGGCCUACACAUGGGUAUAGGUACGAUGGGCUGUACGACGUCGUCGGGUACCAGAUCGUCAAUCCCUCGAACGCAGUCCACAGGUUCCAUCUCGUCAGGCGUGUUGGACAGGACCCACUGCGGUAUGGAGACGGCAUGACGAAUCCUGUUUCUCGGCCAACCAAGCGGGAGAUUGCGGAGUAUGAGAAGCUGAAGAUGAAUAACUAG